UUGCCUGUGCGGUGUUCUCAAGGCUAGAGCUACCGGUAGGCUUCCAUCACACUCCAUCUUCACACUCAUCAGAUCACAAUUCGCCUGACGAGGUGGGAUUGUCAUUCCACUGGUUAUCGUCUGAACGGAUAGGUUAGAGAUCCAGAAGUAGGAAGAAACGAAGGAUUGAAGGGAUAUCAGAGGUUGUUCGACAUGGACGUGGUCAAGUCGCAGCAGAUAUCGUCGAGGCCCAUCGAGAAUGUGAUAGUACACCCUCUGGUUCUUCUGAGCAUUGUCGAUAACUACAACCGAGUCGCGAAGGACACGCGCAAGCGGGUCGUCGGGGUCUUGCUCGGCAGCUCCUUCAAAGGCACUGUCGAUGUUUCCAACAGCUAUGCAGUUCCUUUUGAGGAAGACGACAAGGACCCAAGUAUUUGGUUCCUUGACCACAACUACCACGAGGCAAUGUUUUCUAUGUUCAAGAGAAUAAAUGCCAAGGAGCAUGUUGUGGGAUGGUACAGUACGGGCCCAAAACUUAGAGAGAAUGAUUUGGACAUUCACAGAUUAUUCCACAACUAUGUACAAAAUCCGGUCUUGGUCAUUAUUGAUGUGCAACCUAAGGAGCUUGGUAUACCCACAAAAGCUUACUAUGAUGUUGAAGAAGUGAAGGAGAAUGCUACACAAAAAAGUCAGAAGGUUUUUGUGCAUGUCCCUUCCGAAAUUGCUGCUCAUGAUGUUGAGGAAAUUGGAGUUGAACACUUGUUAAGAGAUGUGAAAGAUACAACCAUCAGUACACUUGCAACUGAGGUUUCUGAUAAACUUACAGCCUUAAAGGGUUUAGAUGCUAGAUUAAUAGAGAUACGUGGUUACCUUGAUUUGGUUAUUGAAGGAAGGCUUCCAUUAAACCAUGAGAUACUUUACCAUCUGCAGGAUGUGUUCAACCAUUGUCCGAAUCUCAAUGUUUCUGAGUUGAUCAAGGCCUUUGCAGUAAAAACAAACGACAUGAUGUUGGUCACAUAUCUAUCCUCUCUCAUCCGUAGUGUGGUUGCGCUUCACAACUUGAUAAACAACAAGAUGCUGAACAAGGAACACGAGAAAGCUGAAGAUGCAAAGCCAGUUGCAGUUCCUGCUGUGAGUGGCAGCUGAUUAUGAUGGCGAAUCUGCUAUUGAAGUUGCAAAUUACACUCAAAGGGCUUUUGCAGGAACUUUGGGUUUUUAAUGCACCAAUUUGAUAAGGAAGGAUAAGUAUGCUAUGCUCGCAGGAACAGGUUAGAGGAUUCAAUUCAAUCCAAGAAAAGAGAGCCUCAAAUUGAAAAGAGGGACAACAAGGCGAUCAUCCCUUAUGAUGAUGCUUCCUUCUUCUGUUCCUAUGUACCUAUUCUUAUUUAGAUUUUCAUCUUAUCUCUAAAUAUGUGUUUUGUCCCAAAUUUCAAAGACAACUAUUAUUUGUUUCCAUUA